AUGGCGACAUUCUCACCUUCGCCAGCCCCUCGUCGCUCAGCACGUCUACGUCAUGUGCCCGUGUCCCCGGGGAACGCAAAAAUUCCCGUGAAUAACAGUCGACUAGGUACACCGAUCAAUGCGUCGGACAACGGUUCUUUUAUCAACGAAUCGCGCGCCUCCGUUGAUUCUGCCAUGGAUAUCGACGACAGGAAUUCCCUGUCUUCAGACAAGACUACAGUGAGGUCCACCGGAGUCUCUUACUUGGCCAAGUCGGAGCAACUGGCCGUGUCGUUCUAUGCUAAUUUGCCAACCGAAGUCUUGCUGGUAUUAAAGCACGCGGAUUUUUACGGUGGUACAUAUACUGGUGGAAUUGAUACCUUGACCGGGUUUGCUCUGGUGGCUUCGAAGCAGACAUGCUAUGUGUGGCAGCAUUCACAGGCCAUUAGGGGAACGCCAACAUGCUACAUCUUUCGUUGUCCUGAAGAUUCCAACCAGACAUCACCACCUUUCUAUGGCCUCAUCCCUUACAGCAGCUACAGUACCGCGCGCGAGCCUGGCCUUAUCCUCAUGUCGCCUGCCGGGGAAAUACGAAUGUGGGACAGUAUCGGCAUUGGCCUUGCAGGUGGAGACCACUUUUCAUCUGUUACGCUCAGCCUCUCCCCGGACGAGCUCGUCACAAAUUUAGUUCGCGUUGAUCCCCAGACCUAUAUUGCCUCGACCACCUCUGGUGUUCUUUUUCGACUUACGUUGACAUACUCUGGGGGGAAUCUGCGUUUGGCGUCUCACACAUUCGCGCGUCCGGCAUCUUCUCUGUCGCUCAGUCGUCUUUAUUCUUCUUUUUUCGUGUCUUCUGGAUCUAAGACGCCUCUGAUCUCUGAACCUGGGAAUAUCAGCGCCCUUGCCCUUGGUCGCGCAACCGUUGACGGAGGAGAAAUAUGGGCUUUGAUCGACACCAGAAUACAAUUAUGGGAGCUCAAGGCGGAGGGCUGGGAGGACAUUAUUCGUGAUGACGAAGUUUCAGAAAUUAUUAGGGCUGCCCUGAGGGACGCUUUUGGAAAUAGCGUGGAACAAGACGAUGCAAACGUGGAUCUGGAGUUGCUGGACAUCGCAGUUGAUAGGCAGGGGAGGCUUGUCGUUUUGCUGUCGUAUGCCGGUGGCGAAGAAGAACACAUAUAUAUGAACAUGGAUACAAGUGGAAUCAGGCGAAUUUAUUCAUUGAUUCACCUUACACUGUCCAACGAUGCAUUCACUGUGGACAGUGUAAGAAGUGUUCCGUACCAAAGCACUUCGUCUUCCGGAGCUCCUAUGCAUCCUAGAUUGCAGCUAAUCCAGGACGGAAAACUCGUAGUCAUCCAGUUUGGAGAUGCGAUUGCUCUUUGCGCCACAGAGUCUGAAUACAAAGAUCGGCUGGAGCUCAAAUCUAAGGCGGACCGGACACUGGGUGUUGGCAUCACACAUUCAGACAGCGCUGUCCUCAUACUGACGGCGGCAACCAUGAUGAAAGUUCACAUUGACAUGGACAGAGUCAAGACUGUAAACGCACAGACCGGGCCGGUUAAUUCGAUCAAGUCUGUCAUGACGCAGGCAGUAUUAUAUGGCUCCCUCACGAACAACCCAUUGACAUUUACCUUCCCUCCUGAUGUUGAUGAAGAAAGCUUGAUGCGAGGUGCCGAACAAUUAAGCCAAGCCAUAUUGCAGUCAGAUCCCAUCCUGGUACAAAGAAAUCACGAUUUAAGCGCCCACCUGACAAGUCGCAAGGAACGUCUCAGCUUUUUGAUACAUUUCAUCAAUGACAAUGCCGUACUCGGAAAGAUAUCUCAAAGAAGUCGGCAAAACCUAGCGACAGAUGCAGAAAAACUGUACGCUUCCCAUCAGUUGUGGGUGCAACACAACGAUUUUCUUAGCACGAGUCACCCAAGUCAUAGUGUGCUCCACGAUACUGUCCUGUCCUACAUGAAUGAUAUCCAAGAAGGUCACCACGAAGAUGUGAUACGGACGUUUUUCCGCAUUCGCAUAGCUGACAUCGGAGUACUGAUUCAACGGAUACCUGACAUAACACUGAAGCUCGCACAAGCCACAGGUGGGAAUACAGGAGGGUUCAUAGCUGAGGCCAAUCGUAUCGUACUGACGGUGCUGAGGUCGGCAUUCGACUACCGGGAAUAUAAUAAGGGAGUCUAUGGCAUUGACCCCCCUAUGAUAAACCCAUGGACAAGCGACGUAAAUGUCAUUAAUGUCGUCCAGGGACUGUUUGAUGCGACAACACGGCUAGUUGAAUCGGUGAUAGCGGGUGCAGGGCGUGCUAUAACGGAAGACGAAACAACAGAACAACUGCCUGAACUUGCUGCCAUACUCUUUGCAUGUAUGCAAGAACGGCUAGACUAUUUGUCGAGGUCCGAAGAGACAGGGGUGGAGCAGGAGCGAAGCAUCCUUCUUAACACUUUCACCCAUUUGCGGCCAGAGGUGCUAGAGACCUUGAGAAAGAACGGACACGCAACAGCCGCAUUUUCUCUUGCCGAGAAAUAUCGUGAUUUCGCCAGUUUGGCGGCAUUAUGCCACAGGGAGGUCGUUUAUCCCCCCGAGCAAAAUCCGAAUGCGCCCCGAAUCCAGAAUUAUAUCGAACUAUACAAAGAUGAGUUUGCGACUGAGCUUUAUCGGUGGUAUAUCCAGCAUGGCGAAUUGCGAGUGUUAUUCUCUCUCAGUGACUCCCACACAGGAUAUAUGGACAAGUUUUUCGCUGAUAAUGCCAAUCCGCUAAUAUCAUGGAUUCAUGAUUUGGGCCACGGACGGUACGCGGCCGCAGCCCGGGCACUACUGGUUGAGUCGGGCGAAGCGACCAAUUUAGCCUCAAAACAGCUCAUGCUUAGUAUCGGCAAGUUGUCGCAUCUUGCACAUGAACAAGAAACUUUAGCGCCCUCCGAUGAGGACAUUUCGGAUGCCUUCCAUGAUGGACUUGAUUUCGUCAGCGUUCAUGAGAGCCUGCUUGAAGAGUUUAACGCUGUGCUUGAGACAUUGAAGGGUCGACAAUCUCUUGACAGCCAGACAAACGCAAUCAUUAAGCAAAAGGCUUCUCGUCUAUCUGAUCGGCCGGCAUUGACGCGGAUAUUUAAAGACCUUGUCCGGAAUGUGCUGCAAGGAAAGGUCCUGUCAGUUGAGGAUGCGGUAGACGUAUUGUCUCUCAAAGAUAACAAUGAGACGCUUGGUGACUUUGCCAUGGCACUUCACUUACUCGCAGGAGUUCAGAACAUUCCUCGUGCUCGAAAAACAUCUGCCUUCAGAACUGUGUGGAGACGGAUAUAUAUCCAUGACGACUGGAACACCAUUCGGCAAACAGCUAAUGUUUCUGAUAGCGAGCUCAGUGAACGCUUCCGUAGCACGGCUCUGUAUGCCACGUUUUGUCACAUCCUUACGCAAACCGAUCAACCUGAUGGCUACGAGACCAUCCCGGAUGUAUCCCUCAUAAUACCGACAGCAGACGAAGUCUCAUCAAGAUGGCCGGGUAUGCCGGCUGACGAGGUUGAGAGCAUCGUGCAAGACUAUAUAUUCGAGUGCGAUACGUUGGGUGAUCUAGAGUUGAAUGAUGUAUAUUACCGGAUACGAGAGCUGGCGGAGCAGGAUCUAGAGGAGGCCCAUAUAUGA